AUGGGUGCGAACAAUGGAAAACCGUACGGAAGCGAGGGUAAGUGCAGCUCGAGUAUCUCCUCUGACAUCAGCUCCAGCACAGACCACACUCCGACCAGAGCUCCCAAGAAUGUGACCACUUCUGAGGCCCUUCCCUCUCCCACCUCCUCUCUCUGCUCUCCCUCUCUCUCCCCUCUCUCUGCUCUCCCUCUCUCUCCCCUCUCUGCUCUCCCUCUCUCUCCUCCUCUCUCUGCUCUCCCUCUCUCUCCCCUCUCUGCUCUCCCUCUCCCUCCUCCUCUCUCUGCUCUCCCUCUAUCUCCCCUCUCCCUCCUCCUCUCUCUGCUCUCCCUCUAUCUCCCCUCUCCCUCCUCCUCUCCCUCCCCUCUCUCUCCUCUCCCUCUGCUCUCCUCUCCCUCUCCUCUCCCUCUCCCUCCCCUCUCUCCUCUCCCUCCCCCUCUCUCUCCUCUCCCUCUCCUCUCCCUCUCCCUCCCCUCUCUGCUCUCCCUCCCCUCUCCCUCCCCUGUCACUGCUCUCCCUCUCCCCUCCCUCUCCCUCCCCUCUCUCUGCUCUCCCUCUCCUCUCCCUCUAUCUCCCCUUUCCCACCUCCUCUCUCUGCUCUCCCUCUCUCUCCCCUCUCCCUGCUCUCCCUCUCUCUCCCCUCUCCCUGCUCUCCCCCCUCUCUUUGCUCUCCCUCUCUCUCCCCUCUCUCUGCUCUCCCUCUCCCUCCCCUCUCCCUCUCCCACCUCCUCUCUCUGCUCCCCCUCUAUCGCCCCUCUCCCUCCCCCUCUCUCUGCUCUCCCUCCCCUCUCUGCUCUCCCUCUCCCACCUCCUCUCUCUGCUCCCCCUCUCCCUCAGCCCUUCCCGCUUCCUCUCCCUCCUCCUCUCUCUGCUCUCCCUCUAUCUCCCCUCUCCCUCCCCCUCUCUCUGCUCUCCCUCCCCUCUCUGCUCUCCCUCUCCCACCUCCUCUCUCUGCUCUCCCUCUAUCUCCCCUCUCCCUCCCCCUCUCUCUGCUCUCCCUCCCCUCUCUGCUCUCCCUCUCCCUCCUCCUCUCUCUGCUCUCCCUCUAUCUCCCCCUCUCCCCUCCUCCUCUCUCUGCUCUCCCUCUAUCUCCCCUCUCCCUCCUCCUCUCUCUGCUCUCCCUCUAUCUCCCCUCUCCCUCCUCCUCUCUCUGCUCUCCCUCUAUCUCCCCUCUCCCUCCUCCUCUCUCUGCUCUCCUCUCCCUCUCCCUCCCCUGUCCCUGCUCUCCCUCCCCUCUCUCUGCUCUCCCUCUCCUCUCCCUCUAUCUCCCCUCUCCCUCCCCCUCUCUCUGCUCUCCCUCCCCUCUCUGCUCUCCCUCUCCCACCUCCUCUCUCUGCUCUCCCUCUAUCUCCCCUCUCCCUCCUCCUCUCUCUGCUCUCCCUCUAUCUCCCCUCUCCCUCCUCCUCUCUCUGCUCUCCCUCUAUCUCCCCUCUCCCUCCUCCUCUCUCUGCUCUCCUCUCCCUCUCCCUCCCCUGUCCCUGCUCUCCCUCCCCUCUCUCUGCUCUCCCUCUCCUCUCCCUCUAUCUCCCCUCUCCCUCCUCCUCUCUCUGCUCUCCCUCUAUCUCCCCUCUCCCUCCUCCUCUCUCUGCUCUCCUCUCCCUCUCCCUCCCCUGUCCCUGCUCUCCCUCCCCUCUCUCUGCUCUCCCUCUCCUCUCCCUCUAUCUCCCCUCUCCCUCCCCCUCUCUCUGCUCUCCUCUCCCCUCCCUCUCCUCUCCCACAGCCCUCUCCUCUCCCUCCCCCUCUCACUCUCUUCUGCCUAUGUUUGGAGUCAGAAUGCUGCGUGUUCUCGGGAUAACCCUAAAUUGA